AUGUGGUUCCUGGUCAUUGAACCUGUUGCAAAGCAGGACGGGGAUCACUAUGAAUAUUAUUGUGCAGACACAAAGCAGCACGUCAUUGCUUGGUUUGAUGUGUUCGAUGCAAGUCUGCUUUUUCAGGAGUGUGGGCUCACACGUCUUGAGCUUGAAGCACAAUUUUGGAAGCAUGUCAAUUUCUUUCCACAUCAUUAUGAAAUGAGGCCUUCUGAUGCGAAUGAGCUUCGAGCUCACUUGGAAUGGUUUUUAGCAGUGCUUUAUUUUCGGAUGGAAUCGCACAGAGUCUCAUCUUUCAUCCAACAAUUUAAUGACAGAGGAAGGAGUAGCAUUUUGUGGAUCCUGGAUAAGGUCAUCAUCAAUUUUUAA